AUGUCUCUUAAUAAGCUGUGUGGUAAAUCUCCUGAAGAAUUCGAGUACACUGUGAGGCAAAUCCAUAAAGGGUUUUCCAAAUUAUCACAAUGUUCGCAAACAAAUUGUUCAACCUUCAAGAUGUUCAUAGAUUCUAAUCCAAAGAAAAAAGAAGGCUGCUUAGUCGAAACUAAGUCAACAUUACAUAAUUUAAGAAAGAUUGCAAUAGGAAUUUCUACUGGCAAAGCUGUGUGUCUUAUGGGACCAGUUGGCAGUGGAAAAACUUCUUUGAUUUCUCAUUUAGCUAUGGUUACAGGAAGAAGUGAAACUAAAGAUUUGCUUAAAGUGCAGCUUGGAGAAGAGACUGAUUCAAAACUACUUUUGGGUACAUAUCAGUGUACCGAUGUUCCUGGUGAAUUUGUUUGGUCUCCUGGAAUGCUAACUAAGGCUUUAUUAGAAGGGCAUUGGCUUUUACUCGAAGAUAUUGGCAGUGCCACUAGUGAUGUAGCAGCCUUGUUAUCUAGCCUCUUGGAAGAGAAUAGCAUUACUAUACCUGGAUUCAAAGACAGAGUACAACCCACUCCAGGAUUUCAUCUCUUUAUGACACAUAGGCUGGUCAACAGUAUUCAGGGUUACAAUCGUAAGGAAGCCUAUAAUACAGAAUUGUUGGAAAGACAUUGGGUUAAAGUCAACCUCGAACCUCUGACGAAAGAAGAACUUACUGAUGUCAUUCAGAUUAAGUUUCCAUUAUUAAAAACAGUUGCAUCACGCAUGACUUCUGUUUUUCUAUUGUUCUCUGAAGGUAAUCAUGAAGGUGAAACAACUAAAAUACAUUAUGGAAGUCGACUGAUUUCAACAAGGGAUUUAUUCAAAUGGUGCAGUAGAGCAAUAAAGUACUUUGUUGUCACUUCCGUCAAUUCUACCUUGAAGGUCUUGCAAGAUGCCAUUGACAUAUUUUGUUGUAGUUACAGUGAUUCAGUGGCCAGGUUGGAGUUAUCAGGACAAAUUGCUGCCUUGUUAGGGAUUCUCAAACCAACGGCUGAACAUUUCUGUUUAACUUAUAAACCAAGUGUGAUUAUUACUCCAACAUCAUGUGUUGCCGGGCGUGGUGUACUUGCUCGUCUUGAUACUGUUGAAAAUAUUUCUUUGAAGAGUUUGUCAGAGGGAAUGAAAUACGCAUUGACUAGGACAUCUUGCUGUUUGCUUGAAAGAUUGGCUGUUUGUCUAUCUCUAAAUGAGCCAGCCUUAUUAGUUGGUGAAACUGGAACUGGCAAAACGACUACAUUGCAAAUUCUCGCCAAACAAACUGGACAUACAUUAGUUGUAAUUAAUAUGAAUCAACAGAGUGAUAGCUCAGAUCUUCUUGGCGGGUAUAGUUUUUGGGUCCUGCUCGAUGAGAUAAAUUUAGCCUCAGCUGAGACAUUGCAAUGUCUAUCAGGUCUUUUGGAGGGAUCUGAAAUAACUCUUUUAGAGCGUGGUGAUGAGAAAAGUAUACCAAGACAUCCAAAUUUUAGAAUCAUGGCUGCGAUGAAUCCAGCUACUGAUUUUGGCAAAAAAGAUCUUCCUUCAGGGAUCAGAAAUAGGUUUACUGAACUAUUCGUUUCUGAACAUACUGAAGAAAAUGAUUUAAUCCUUGUUGUCAAUUGCUACCUUCCUGAUUAUCCUGUUGCUAAAGUUAAAGCUAUAGUACAUUUUUAUUUGAAUGUAAGGAAGAAGGCUGUUGAAGAAUUAUCAGAUGGAUUGGGAUACCGUCCCCAUUAUAGUUUAAGGACUUUAUGUCGUGCUUUGGUUGUUGCAUCAGAAAAUAAGUGUGGAUCAAUGGCCAGAUCCUUGUAUGAGGCUUUGUGUUUAAGCUUUCUGACGCAGCUAAAUGCAUCAUCGUACAAGAUUGUGAGAGAUAUGAUUGCUAAGACUGUUGCAGAUGAAACAGAUAUUAAAAGUAUACUUAAGCAACCAAUCCCUGCACCCACCAGCAGUAAGGAAAAAUUUGUUUCUUUUGAAGGCUAUUGGGUUGCUCGAGGCAGAAACAAAUUGAUUUCUUCCCCAAAUUAUAUAUUCACUGCAAGAGUAAGAAGGAAUCUUAGUGAUCUGGCGCGUAUUGUGUCUCUUUCUUCUCAUCCAGUCCUGAUUCAAGGUGAAACUUCAGUUGGUAAAACUUCGCUUAUCAUCAAUAUGGCUGAAGCCUCAGGGCAUAAAGUAUUCCGUAUUAAUAACCAUCAGCACACAGACCUACAGGAAUAUGUCGGUUCAUAUGGCGUUGAUCCUGAAUCUGGUGGAUUGGUGUUUAGAGAAGGUGUCCUGGCCCAAGCCAUGCGAAACGGAGAUUGGGUUGUUUUGGACGAACUCAAUUUGGCUCCAAGUGAGGUUUUAGAAGCUUUGAACAGGGUUUUAGAUGAUAAUAGGGAGCUAUUCAUUCCGGAAACUAGUGUUACUAUUAAGGCUCAUCCUGAUUUUAGAAUAUUUGCCACACAAAAUCCUCCUGGAACAUAUGGUGGUAGAAAGGUACUUUCAAGAGCCUUCAGAAAUCGUUUCGUGGAGCUGCAUUUUGAUGUCAUACCGUCUGCUGAAUUAGAAGAAAUUUUACAUUUAAGAUGUCAGAUGCCACUGUCAUAUUGUAAAAAAUUGGUUGGGGUCAUGACUGAUUUACAAUUGAGAAGAAAAGGUAGUGCAGCGUUUGCUGGUAAGCAAGGCUUUAUCACCUUAAGGGACUUGUUCAGGUGGGGUGAACGUUACCGACGUGCCAGCAGUAUGGACCAUUUAAGUUAUUAUGAUUGGGAUCAGCAUGUUGCAUUUGAAGGAUAUUUGAUCCUUGCUGGUCGAGUUCGGAAACAAGAGGAACGAGAUAUCAUAAAAAAUGUUAUUGAAACAAGGUUUAAGCGUGUCAUUGAUCUAAAUAAACUGUUUACAUUGAACGAAGAAACUUCACUUGUAACUAAACACAUUCUUGAAAAAAUUGUUGCUCCUCCUUUACCUAAAGGUUUUGAACAUUUAGUAUGGACAUUCAACCUUCGAGUUUUGGCUGUCUUAGCAGCUAAAGCUUUAGAAUUUCAAGAACCAUUACUGUUAGUCGGUGAAACAGGGUGUGGCAAAACGACUAUUUGCCAACUGUUAGCUGCAUUAAACAAUCAGUCACUUUAUUCUGUUAACUGCCAUCAACAUUCAGAAAGUUCGGAUUUUUUGGGAGGAUUACGACCAGUCAGAGAAAAGUCUGAAAACAGCAUGAAGCUGUUUGAGUGGGUUGAUGGUCCUCUCAUUUUGGCAAUGAAAGGAGGACAAUUGUUCUUGGCAGAUGAAAUAUCCUUGGCCGACGAUAGUGUUUUAGAGAGACUCAAUUCAUUAUUAGAACCUGAGAGGAAAUUGCUAGUUAGUGAAAAAGGAACAAGUGAAGAAGUUGAAAUUACAGCUAAAUCUGAAUUUCAUUUUAUUGGUACUAUGAAUCCGGGUGGAGAUUUUGGUAAAAAAGAGCUUUCUCCAGCAUUGCGAAAUAGGUUAACCGAAAUAUGGUGCGAAGGUGCUACGAACUCUGAUGAUAUUGUAAAUAUUGUUGAGCAUAAUUUACGUUCUGAAAUAGUUUUUGGAGACUCUCAAGAUGGAAAUACUUCUGGAAUUGGAAAAGCCAUUGUGCAGUUCAUAGAUUGGUUUGGAAACACUGAAUUUGGAAAAAGCUAUCGUGCAUUGGAACAUUUCAAAAAUUCAUGUCUAGAGUUUCUCCUAAGUCAGGCCAAUGCAGCCCAAGGUGAUUCCUCAGUAAAUUUAAUAUUCACACCUAGUCUUGUUUUCGCUAAACCCAUGUAUACUAAACAACAGACUCUUUACCAAGCCCCUACUGUUCUUCUGAAUCUCUUGAGAUUGAUGCGAGCUUUACACGUUUCGUCAAGGGCAGUUCUUUUGGAAGGAAGUCCUGGUGUUGGAAAGACAUCCUUAGUGCUUCUUAUUGCUAAACUCACCGGAUAUCAAGUAACGAGGAUAAACCUUUCAGAACAAACAGACAUUUCUGACCUGUUUGGUGCUGAUUUGCCUGUAGAGGGUGCUGAAGCAGGGACAUUUGCUUGGCGUGAUGGUCCCUUUCUUAGUGCUCUUAAAAAUGGCCAUUGGAUUCUUCUUGAUGAGUUGAACUUAGCCUCACAAUCAGUUGUUGAAGGAUUGAACAGUGUUUUGGACCACCGUGGUGAAAUAUACAUACCUGAACUCGGUCGAACAUUUAACGUGAAGGCCGGAAACACAAAACUGUUUGCGUGUCAGAAUCCACAAAGAGAAGGUGGUGCAAGGAAGGGUCUCCCUCAGUCAUUUUUAAAUAGAUUUGCAAAGGUAUUCUUUGAGCCUUUUAACAAAACUGAUUUGGAAAAUUUAAUGGCAUUGCAUUUUCCAAACUGUGAGUUAAACAUUAAGCAGUUGGUUGAGUUUCAUUGUCAUGUUUCUUCAAAUAAAUCCUGGGCAAGUCCUGGGACCUGGGAAUUUAACCUGCGCGAUCUGAUCCGCUGGGGAGAAACUUUAUCUGGUAACUAUGAUCCAGGAGUGGCAGUAGAAACUAUUUAUGCCUCAAGGAUGCCAGCAGAACUUGAUAGAAAAGUGAUCUUAAAUAUGUAUUCGGAACUUUUUGGUGAAAAAUUUCCUAUUAAAAACCCAUUUUCUCCUCUACUAUUGUCUCCAAAAAAGCUUAUCUUAGGAGAUGUUAUUAUUCCACGAGAUACUGGUGAAGAUUAUUAUGACUCAUUUAAUGGAAAAGAUGAUCUUCUUAUUCUGCGUACGCAGCAGAGAGCUCUGAAAUCUUUGGCCUUAUGUGUCAAGAUGGGUUGGAUGGCUAUUAUAGUUGGAAAAAGUGGAAGUGGAAAGACAAGUCUUGUACACGCCCUUGCACAUUUAACUGGCAAGAAACUUCAUACCAUUCCAGUCAGCUCUACGAUGGAUACUACUGAUCUCCUCGGAGGAUUUGAACAGGUAUGUAUAUCCUUCAAUUACCAAUUUUAG